AUGUCUAGUAGUACUCUCGCAGAAUGGGCCCAAUCCCAAAUAACCAAACUGUUCGAAACACAAUCAGAAGACAACACUGGAGUCCAAGAAGCUCACUUUACCACCACUUUCUCUCCCACCGCCCACAUCACGAUGAACCACGAAUCCAUCUCUCUCGCCGACUUUCAGAAGCGGAUCUCGGAAUUGGGAGCCCAUGGGUUAGUGAAAAGUGGGAGUGUGGAGUGGAAAAAUGUUUUGGAGGAUAGGGAGACAGGAAUAUUCGCAGGCUUCUUUGUCUUGACACGCUCAAUGGCAUUCAAGAUCCGUGCGGGACCAGCACAGAAUCAUACGUUUGUGACUGUUUCUGCUAGGAUUGAACAAGAUGGUGAUAAGAAGAGGAUAGUAGACCUUGUUUAUACGUCCGCGACGAAAGCUGCGCCUGUUCAUAUACAUGGGGUGUAA